AUGAAUGGAAGACCCAAUCCGGUGAGGAGAAUUUGUGAAAUCCCCAAAAUAGAAGGAAAUUGUCAUUUAGGCAGACCCUACAAAACAAGGACUUAUGUCUUGAUAUUGAAAUUUGAGCAAUUUGAUGAUAACAGAUACAGUAUGUGGUCUACUGACUUUACUUCAAACGUUCAGAUAGAUUCCGAAUUGGGUGAAGAUGAAAAGGAGUUUACAGUGCUAAAAACUGACGACAAUAAAGUACUUCGUAUCGUGGUUUAUGAUGAUAAAGUUCGCGAUAUUCUCGAAACAUAUAAUCAGGCUCAUCCCUCAUAUGCAUUGCAAGUACCCGAAAGGGGGAGUACGAGAAAUGAAAUGCAAGUGGAUGAUAAAUUAAUGAUUUUCGGUAUGACACUCAGUUGGAGGGAGUAUAGGGGUAUCUUUGAACCAUGGGCUUAUGAUCUAGAAAUCGUUGAAUGGGAAUACCUUGAUGAUGCUGGAAGAAAGGCAGUAUCUUCAUUGUAUAAAAAUAUACUAAAGAAAAAACAUUAUAUCAAAGCCCUUGAUCCAAAGUUGGUAAAGGAUGUUAUUUCUGAGGAAUUUUUGAGGACUGUGUCUGUUAAUGAUGAUGAUGAUGACGAUGACGAACUUUCUGAAAUGUCACUGUAUGAGGAUGAUCUGGUAGAUCAGAGUAUUACACAUGUAACUCAAGCUCAAGCUCGUCAAAAUGUCAUCAUUGAUGAUGUUGUCUAUUCUAUAGAACAAGACUUGACUCAAGAUCAAAUUGGUAAUGUAAACACAACCCAAGAGAUGGGACACAAGCGAAUCAAUUCGGUGCCUGAUUUUAAUGAUGGAGGUGCAAAAAGAUCGAAACAGGGAUCCUCAUCCUCUGAUGAGAAUAACUUUUAUGAUGCCCAGACGCAAAAUAAGGGUGUUGUGAGAACAAGCAACGCUUCCAGCACUAGCGACAAUGCCAGUGGUGUGUUUACCACUAUUUGCGAACUAAACAAGUUGGACCAGCACACAAUUGACAACAAGACAUACAAUGUUGUUUGUGACAUUUUACAUGCCUCGCCAUGCGAUAAAGAAUGGUUUUCUUUUAAAUCGUAUGAAGUUAACCCAUUAACAGAAGAUUUGGAAUUGAGCCAUACUCAACUACAAACCAUCGAGUUCAUAAUCACUGAUCCUGCCAAACCCGACAAUUAUGAGUUGGAUCAGGGUGAGUAUUUGUCAAUCUAUCUUGAUGGACCUCAAGUGGUGAAAUUGAACAAGACCAGUUGCGUCACUCGGAAACUACUCAAUUUCGCUUGGGAUAAGACUCAUGAUGAUUCUAUUUUGAGGUUAAAAUUACGCAAAGUGCAAAGAGAGACGGUGGUAUGGACUGUUGAAUGGUGA